UGACGUCAUCACCAGCGCGACGGCGCUGUGGAGGAGGGCGCCAUGGCGGCCGCGCUGUGCUCCAAGCGGCCCCUGCAGCUGACGCUGGCGCUGCUGAAGCCGGACGCCGCGUCCCACCCGCUGGUGCUGGAGGCCGUGCACGAAACCAUCGUCAGCAACGGGCUCCUCAUCGUCCGCAACAAGGAGCUGCGCUGCGGCCCGGAGCGGAGCCGCCGCUUCUACCGGGAGCACGAGGGACGAUUCUUCUACCAGCGACUGGUGGAGUUCAUGGCCAGUGGCCCCAUGUGGGCUUAUAUCUUGGCCCAUGAGAAUGCCAUCUCCCUCUGGAGGUCACUGAUGGGACCCACCAAAGUGUUCCGAGCUCGAUACUGUGUCCCAGACUCCAUCCGAGGAGCUUAUGGCCUCACUGACACCAGGAAUACCACCCAUGGUUCAGACUCUCCAGCAUCAGCCAGCAGAGAAAUUGCCUUCUUCUUCCCAGAGUUCAAUGAACAGCUCUGGUACCAGCAGGAGGAGCCACGUCUGCGCUGUGGGCAAAUGUAUUACAAUGCAGAGAAGCGUGUUCACUGUGUGAUCAGGGAUGAAGAAACAGAUUUGACAUGAGUUACCUGGGGGUAUGGUCUGCUGAGCUGGACACAGCUGCCAGCCACACUGUUUGGUUCGGCCUCAUAACAAGACACAGAAUCAUGACGUGUCUUAAGGACUGUGGGGAAAGGAAAAACAGAUGAGCACUGUGCUGGGCUGCUUGGGACUGUUUGUGCAGCGUUCAGGUGCUGGGACACUCCUAAAACAACUUCUCCAGUAGCGGUACUCAAAGUCAAUGCAGAGAUAAAGCCGUGCGCUUCCCCAGCCCUCAUCUGCUUAUUUGUGUACGAGCAGUGCAGGUGAAUUCCUCCAAGGACUUGGCAGCUGGGGGAUGACAGGCUUUGCUGAUAAUAGGCCCAGAUUCUUACUGCCUGCUCUGUUCCCUCUUAUGAAGGAAGGAGUUAAUGGGAUGAAUAUGGAAAAAAUGCACUGGUGAGCGGUGCAAUAGUGACUCUUCUGUUACUGCUUUCCUGGAUCCAAGCUGAGAUGAAAGGUGGCCUUCAAACUCAUCCUAAUUCUUAUAUUAAGCAUCUGGUGGAGGGCACAGGUGGAACUUUUUCUCAGUAGGGAAGCAGUUCCUUUUAGUCUGGACUGACAACCCUAUGACAGAUCUUCUAGAAGUGAUUGCAGAAAGGUGUGAAGCAGCCCAGUGCCUGUGAAGGAUCCUAUGUGUUUUGCUUUGGUUGGUGGCUCUGAUGGAACCUGAUAGUGGCUGUAAAAGCUACGAAUAUUGUGAGUGUGUAAUAAAGACAAAAAAUGUGUAAUUCAGUGCAGGUACACAGACACCACAGGAGCUCUGUCUGGUGCUCUUUACAUUCAGCCUCAUAAGAAAAUACCCAGUGGUGGCUCAGAGGCUGAAUUGUUUCUGGGUUUGCUGUGAGCCAAAGCACAGUUCCACCUCCUUUGUACAGCUGUGUUCCAAGUGUUUUAGCUGUCCAGAUCAUUGGUAGGUUGCUGCAUGGUGGGGCACGAGGCCUUGGGUUUGAGUUACUGUGCAAAGUUCUGUGCUCACUUAUGUUCUCCUGACAUUUCAAGAUCUGCUCGUGUGUGGGUUUUUAAUCCAAUAAUUCAUUUAAACUGUCCCUUAAUAGUUUUUUCCAAUACUGAUGAUUUCUUUUUUAAUCAAGGUGCUGAGAGAGCUUUAUUUCAUGUAAUUCCUAAUGCACUGAAUCAGGGAAGGGACCCUGGGAAUGUACUUAGAACGAGUCUUUGCCUGACACUCCCUUCUGAUGUUAAGCACGAGUGUCAGUGAUACUGAAGCUCGGUUGAUUGAGUCCCAUGUUAAUUAGCGAGCUGUUCUGUGGAUCACAGACAAGUUGCUCUUUGGUUAGUUUAAGACAGACGUGUUUGAGAAAAUGUAAGUUGUCAAAGUGCUGCUGUCCAGCUUCCUUGGUUCAGUGCACUAAUGCUCUUGUUCUUUCCUUGCUAUUAUAGGAGAUUAAACGCAGCCAUUAUUUUGUUUCAGGUACAGAUCAAAAGAGUCUGCUGAAUAUGGCUGCAUUUCUGCCUUGCUGCUUUUAUUUUCACCAGCAAUACCCAAAGGUGGAUCUGUUCAUGACAUGAACUUAUCUGGACCCGAAUUCUUGCUGUCAUUAAUGACUGAUAUUGUGUGCUUGUUCUGGUAACUGCUGAUCUUUACUAUUUUUCUCCACUUUCCUUCUUUACGCUGCUUUCUUUUAUGAUGUUAAUCAGGGAUGUCAUGACAUAGUAACUCCUAUCUCUUUCUUCAUCUGAAAUGUUUAUUUUUUGUAAUCCCUGAAACAAAACCUUGAAUUUCAAGUACUGAUCCUCCA